GGUACCAGGUCUAGCCUGGGAACUGCCAAUGACGUCAGCCAGGGACUGUGACAUCACUGAGUGAAGAUGCGGAGAAGGGGAUUGGGGCCUCCAACAGGGGAGCAGCCAGGGCCCCAGCAAGAUGGGGGACCCCAAAAAGAACAGGGCAGCUGGGCAUCACGAGAUUUAAGGCGGUGGGACCUGUUGGCAGAAUGUCUUCUCUCCCUGCAAGCGACCCUGAGGCCACCAAGAUGAGCACCGCGGCCGGGCCUGUGAGUGCGCCCAGGUCUCAGUAGCUGGGGGCCGAGGGCCACCAGACGCCAUGGUGUACUAGGCCGAGCGCGAGCUCAGCUUUCGCACUCGGAUCUCACGGCAGAGUCACCGUGGAGAGGCCAGGGUACCACAAACUUAUGGAUUUUGACAAGAAAGGAGGGAAGGGGGAGUCGGAGGAGGGCCGGAGAAUGUCCAAGACGGGCACGAGCCGGAGCAACCACGGCGUCCGCAGCUCGGGGACCAGCUCGGGGGUCCUGAUGGUGGGCCCCAACUUCCGGGUCGGCAAGAAGAUAGGCUGUGGGAACUUCGGAGAGCUUCGCCUGGGAAAGAACCUGUACACGAACGAGUACGUGGCUAUCAAGCUGGAGCCCAUCAAGUCCCGGGCCCCGCAGCUGCACCUGGAGUACCGCUUCUACAAGCAGCUGAGCACGGCAGAGGGCGUCCCUCAGGUCUACUACUUCGGCCCAUGCGGGAAGUAUAACGCCAUGGUGCUGGAGCUGCUGGGGCCCAGCCUGGAGGACCUGUUCGACCUGUGCGACCGCACCUUCACCCUGAAGACGGUGCUGAUGAUCGCCAUCCAGCUGAUCACGCGCAUGGAGUACGUGCACACCAAGAGCCUCAUCUACCGCGAUGUGAAGCCCGAGAACUUCCUGGUGGGGCGGCCGGGCAGCAAACGGCAGCACGCCAUCCACAUCAUCGACUUCGGGCUGGCCAAGGAGUACAUCGACCCCGAGACCAAGAAGCACAUCCCGUACCGCGAGCACAAGAGCCUGACGGGCACGGCGCGCUACAUGAGCAUCAACACGCACCUGGGCAAGGAGCAGAGCCGCCGGGACGACCUGGAGGCGCUGGGACACAUGUUCAUGUACUUCCUGCGCGGCAGCCUGCCCUGGCAGGGGCUCAAGGCCGACACGCUGAAGGAGCGCUACCAGAAGAUCGGGGACACCAAGCGCGCCACGCCCAUCGAGGCGCUGUGUGAGAGCUUCCCGGGUAGGACCCCGGCCCCGCCCUGUGCCCCGCGACAUCCGCUCUCGCAGCCGACACCUAUCGGCACCGUCCACACUGACGUCCCCUCCCAGCCCCCUCACCGCGACAAGGCCCAGCCCCCCAACAAGAACCAGGCGCUGAAUUCCACGAAUGGAGAGCUGAACGCGGACGACCCCACCGCGGGCCACUCCAACGCCCCCAUCGCCGCCCCCGCCGAGGUCGAGGUGGCCGAUGAGACCAAGUGCUGCUGCUUCUUCAAGAGGAGGAAGAGAAAAUCGCUGCAGCGACACAAGUGAGGCUCCCGCCGUCCCCGGAGCCCCGGCCGCGUCCAGGAGGCCGCGGUGUCCUCGGCGCCAUGGGCCCCUUGGCCCGACGUGAGGCGCCCUCCUCGGGGACUCGGGGUCACUUCCUUCACACAGGACUUGGGCGGAAAUGUCUGCGCCCCCGCGGCGCCCCCUUGGAGAGCACUAACUAUUUAAUAACCCCGGGAGAGAGGCGUCCCGCCGCCCCCGCUGCGCCCCCGUUAGCUCAUAAAGUCCAGCUUGUCCCCUCGAUCCAAAGGCCGUUUUCUCGAGGGGGGCAGGCCCGGGGCGUGGGUGUCACGGGAGGCCACCCAAGGGGAGGUGCGUGCGCUGCCACAAUGCUGCACCAAAGCCGGGGGCGGGCGGUCACCGCGCAGGGACUGGCCUGGCCCGCGGAGCCAGGGCCGCCGUGGUCCCUUCGUGCUGGGCCCGCGGGACAGAAUCGCCUUAAUGCCCGGCCCGGGCAGCAGAGAGGCGGUCCCCACGGGAGGGCCCGGCCGGGCCGCGGGAGCCGAGUUCUUGCUUUACAACGUGUACAGAAAUGAACUUAUGUUUCUCCGGCGCUUCCUUGAAGCCAUAGAGUUUAGGGGCUUUUUUUAAAAAAAAUAAAAGAAAACGAAACCAUCUCCGA